GUUGAUGUUUAGCCAACAGAUUUAAACAACAGAAAUCGUUUCUACAGGAAUAUCAGUUUUUUAUAGGAACCUUUAUAAAAACUAAGUCAUGAAUUCACGUGUAGGUACUUGGUAGAAAAGGUGGAGAAGGUUUUUUAAUCGAUAUGUAAUUAAAUGUUGAUCGAGGUGAGUGUUCAGGUCUCGAGACUUACACGUGACUUCUGCAUUACUAUUUUCUCUGAUGGACGUAAAUAGUUCUUUAAACAUGAUAAUUGUUUAUUUUGAAGCAAAUUAAUAUGGUUUCAUUGUUUCGUGUUGUCUGUGGUUUAUUUUAGCAUUUGUGUUAACAUGCAACUAACAUUUAGUAUUUGAGUGAACGCCGCGUCUCUUGAUCCUGAGAGUCCGAGAAAAAGCUGAAUUGUGUUUGAUUGUCAUUUCUAUCCAGAGUCAGUGUCGGAGAUCAGGGGCCCGUUCUUCGUACGUUGCUACCUCAGUUAGCUGGAUUUGAUUAAUGACGAUUUGGCAUGAUCUCGGAUUGUUUGGUUCUUCGACGCUCAUCCUGGACUUGCUGUCAUAGCAACAGGUCCGUAAGCUCAAACCUGCUCGGGAGCAGGCUUAUUUCAUGUAAACAGGAUUAGAUUGCAUCUUUUUAAGCGGAGGUGAUGCUUAAAGUCUGUCCCAGCCACUGCUACUUUCCCACAAGAGUACCCUAAUGUAAACCAGGGACAAUAAUAAUGAUUAAAAAUAAAUUUGCAAAUAAUAUUAUAAUGUCGUGUAGUAUAUCAUAAAUUAGACACCGCCAGUUUUACUCAUUGAGAGAUAUAUUCGUGAGGGAAUAAUUACCUAAUAAUUUUAUGUUUCAAAGGUAAAAUUAAAUGAAUUUCUAAUUACAACAUUGAAAUAAAAAUGUAAAGCUUGUACAUAUAGUGUACUAGAAAACGUGAAUAGGCUAUAGCCUAAAUAAUUGGGAGUCCUGUAAAAAAAAAAAAAAAUUAAUUUAUCUAUUAUAACUUUUAUCUCAUUUUAGUUGCUUGGCUGUUUUCUUAUAAAGGUCCAGAAAUUCGUCAAGUAGUUCAUCAGCUGUCUUUUUUAAUCAUAUGAUGUCAUUACGUUGCCGUCAUGACGCCAGCUAAUCGCUGCAUUGCUGAUCGUGGUUUCGAGUAUCGACAAAGUCCCUUUAAGACGUUUCACUCGGCGGCCAUCUUUGAAACGCCUCUCGGGCAUCCAAGUGCAGCUCCUAUCUCUUUGAAUGGGGAAACAUCAAAUUCUCUACUGCUGUUUGCCAAGCUUUCGAUUAAAUUUCAUAUUUGAAAUCACCAAUGAAAUCUGACAACAACUGUCCCAUAAUUUUUUUUUUUUCCAAACGCUCGAAUCAUGACAAAAACGGCAUUUUUCAUGCUGGAUCAAGCUAAUGCGCAUGCGCAGUCCUAAAUGCUAGUCUGACUGUUUCUAUAGAAACCGGAUCUUCUAACGGCCGCUGCAGUGACGUGAUGACUUUACCAAUCGGCGAUUGGCUCUUAUUUAGAAGGCGGGACUUAGGCUGCAUUUACACUGCAAGUCUUAAUGCACAGAUCCGAUCUUUUGACCAUACCCGAUUUUUUGGCCAGUGUGUUUACAUUCACUUUAGACGCGACUGGUAUCCGAUAUCUGUGUUUACAUUACUUCCUGCCCCAAAAUGAUUGUCAUUGAUAGUUUUACAUGCACAUGGUAGAUCCUCGGGUUUUGAAUAAAAAUUAUUUAUAUAUUUCAUGUAGAGUGGCCAUGAUUACAUGUCAGAAUGGAUAAAUUAACAGCUGUCAGUGUCAUGGAUGAAUUUCAGCGCAAAAUCUGACUGAACGGAUACAGACCGUAAAAAAAAGGUAAUUUGCGUUUGAUAUUUUAUCUGCAGUUAUUAGUUUUAGAAUUCCAUUUUUUUUUUCGAGCGAGCUAAGGAGAGAGAGAGCGCGCACGCAAGAGAGAGAGAGAUAGCUACAGUGAAGCUUUUGGCUCAUAAGAAAAACAACAACGCGGCGGUCUCUUUUAAAUUAACCGGGCAAAGGUUGAAAUUGCUGCGAAUUGCUGUUAAAAAAAAAAGCUGCGAAUUUUUAGUGCAAGUGCAUACAAGCACGUCUGCUUCAUAAUACAACAUUGAAGCUACCUUUUAGAAAUGUGUCAUCCUCGCCUUGUGGUGGCUUGGAAUUCCAAUGGGAAUCGGAUAUGUGUGUUUAGACAUUGGUCGCAUGUCCAGAGAUCGGAUAUGUAUCGGAUUUAAAAACACAUUUGGAAGUGGCUCAGAUCGGAUGCAAAAAAAUCGGAUCUCGUGUGGAUUUUUGUGUUUACACGUGUGCAACUAAUUCCGAUCUGUGUCAGAUGUGAGCAAAAGAUCGGAUUUUUUGUGCCAGUGUAAACGCAGCCUUAUUCCGCCAUAUUGCGCGUUGCACUUUCUCCCAUUCAUAAUAAUACGAGUGACGCGUCUUCUGUUAUUCUAUAGUCUUUGGUAUCGAUACAUCUGCCCUUUUCGAGGAACAGAAGAACGCGUAGUAAUCGCAGACAAUUUUAUCCAGAUAUUUUAAUCCAAUCCGCAAAUUCCUUUAAAGAACCAAAUUAGCCAGAGUUCAGUUAUCACGAUUAGAAGAUCUAGUAUCUAUCAAAUCAUUUCAGAUGUAUUAAGCGAGGUACGAAGAACGGACUCCUGAUUCUGUUUCAGCUGUUCAGAUUCAUUAUGGAUGAAACACAAACAUCCAGAGAUGAAGAUUUUUCUCCAGGAUGCAGUUCAGUUCAUCAGAAGAGAUCAGAACCAGAGUCCAGCUGUGUGUCUGUGAGGAGUGACUGGUCUAUGGAUCAUAUGAUAGAGUUUAAGAGAGGAGAUACACAGACUGAUCUGAGUUCAGUUCAUCAGAAGAGAUCAGAACCAGAGUCCAGCUGUGUGUCUAUGAGGAGUGACACAUCUAUGGAUGAUAUAAUACAUUUUCUGAGUGGAGAUACACAGACUGAUCCGAGCCAUGAAGUCCUCAACAUGUUUAGAUCAAAUCUGAUGAAGAAGUUUGAGUGUUUGUAUGAGGGAAUCUCAAAGCAGGGAAACCCAACACUCCUGAAUGAGAUCUACACAGAGCUCUACAUCACAGAGAGUGAAAGUGGAGAGAUCAGUAAUGAGCAUGAGGUGAGACAGAUUGAGACACAGUCCAGGAGAGCAGCAACAGAGGACACACCGAUCAAAUGCAAUGACAUCUUUAGACCUUUACCUGGACAAGACAAACCCAUCAGAACUGUGCUGACAAAGGGAGUCGCUGGCAUUGGAAAAACAGUCUCUGUGCAGAAGUUCAUCCUGGACUGGGCUGAAGGGAAAGAGAAUCAGGACGUCCAGCUCAUAUUUCCACUUCCUUUCAGAGAGCUCAAUUUGAUAAAGGACAAAACACUCAGUCUUUCAGAUCUUCUUCAUGUCUUUUUCCCUGAAACAAAAGAAAUGGAAAUAUCCAGUGACAAAUAUAAAGUGUUGUUCAUCUUUGAUGGUCUGGAUGAGUGUCGUCUGUCUCUGGAUUUUCAGAGCGAUGUGAGGUUGUGUGAUGUGACUGAAUCAGCCUCAGUGGACGUGCUGCUGAUGAACCUCAUUGUGGGGAAUCUGCUUCCCUCUGCUCUCAUCUGGAUCACCUCCAGACCAGCAGCAGCUGAUCUCGUCCCCUCUGAAUGUGUCCAUCGAGUGACAGAGGUACGAGGAUUCAGUGACCCACAGAAGGAGGAAUACUUCAGGAAGAGAAUCAGUGAUCAGAGUCUGGCCGACAGGAUCAUCUCACACCUGAAGUCAUCAAGGAGCCUCUUUAUUAUGUGUCACAUCCCAGUGUUCUGCUGGAUCUCAGCCACUGUUCUAGAGAAGAUGUUGAGUGAAGCAGAGAGUGGAGAGAUUCCCAAGACUCUCACUCAAAUGUACACACACUUCCUGAUCAUUCAGACCAACAUCAAACAUGAGAAGGACUAUGAGAAGAAAGUGAAAGAUGAAGACAUGAUCCUCAAACUGGGGAAAGUGGCUUUUCAGCAGCUUGUGAAAGGAAACCUGAUCUUCUAUGAGGAAGACCUGAGAGAGUGUGACAUUGAUGUGACAGAAGCAUCAGUGUACUCAGGAUUGUGCACUCAGAUCUUCAGAGAGGAGUUGGGCUUGUAUCAGGGGAAAGUCUUCUGCUUUGUUCAUCUGAGCAUUCAGGAACAUCUAGCAGCUCUAUAUGUGCACCUCUCCUGUACAAACAACAACAGAAAUGAGUUUGAUCAAAUCACCAAACAGAGUUUGUGGUCUAAAGUUAAGAACUGGUUUAAAUAUGUUUCAUUAUCUGAGCUGCAUCAGAGAGCUGUGAAUGAGGCUCUACAGAGUAAAAAUGGACAUCUGGAUCUUUUCCUGCGGUUUCUUCUGGGUCUGUCAGUGGAGUCUAAUCAGAUUCUCCUACAAGGACUAAUGAAACAGACAAGAAGCAGAUCAGACAGCAAUGAGGAAACCAUUGAGUUCAUCAAGAUGAAGAUCAGGACCAUUGACUCUCCUGAGAAAUCCAUCAAUCUGUUCCACUGUCUGAAUGAACUGGGUGAUCAUUCACUAGUGGAGGAAAUACAACAGUAUCUGAAAUCUGGAAGAAUAAAGGAAGCCAAACUCUCUUCAUCUCAGUGGUCAGCUGUAGCUUUUGUGUUGUUGACAUCAGAGAAGAUGCUGGAUGUGUUUGAUCUCAGGAAAUUUGUUGGAGGAAACGAUAAAAUGGAAAAACUAAAGGUUCUUCAGAAGCUGCUGCCCGUGAUGAAAGAAUCCAGAUCAGUUCAGUUGAGUUAUUGUGAUAUCACAGAUGAAGGUUGUGCUGCUCUGACUUCAGCUCUGAGAUCAAACCCCUCACACCUGAGAGAACUGAAUCUGUCUGGGAAUAAAAUAGGAAAAUCAGUGAAUGUGCUGUCUGAUGUACUACAGGAUCCUCACUGUAAACUGGAGAAACUGUGGUUGAGGGAUUGUGAUAUCACAGAUGAAGGUUGUGCUGCUCUGACUUCAGCUCUGAGAUCAAACCCCUCACACCUGAGAUUACUGAGUCUGUCUGGGAAUAAAAUAGGAAAAUCAGUGAAUCUGCUGUCUGAUGUACUACAGGAUCCUCACUGUAAACUGGAGAUACUGUGGUUGAGGACUUGUAGAGUUACAGAUGAAGGUUGUGCUGCUCUGACUUCAGCUCUGAGAUCAAACCCCUCACACCUGAGACAUCUGGAUCUGAUGUGGAAUAAUCUAGGACAAUCAGGAAAGAAGUUGCUCUCUGAUCUGAAGGAUGAUCCACAUUAUAAACUCGAGGCAUUAUUCUUUUGUGAGUUGAUUGAUUGUGGUAUCACAUAUGAAGGUUGUGCUGCUCUGACUUCAGCUCUGAGAUCAAACCCCUCACACUUGAGACAUCUGGAUCUGUCUAGGAAUAAACUAGGAGAUUCAGUCUCGCUGCUCUCUGAUGUACUACAGGAUCCUCACUGUAAGCUGGAGAUACUGUGGUUGAGUUAUAUUGGCAUCACAGAUGAAGGUUGUGCUGCUCUGACUUCAGCUCUGAGAUCAAACCCCUCACACCUGAGAGAUCUGGAUCUGACAGGGAAUAAAAUAGGAAAAUCAGUGAAUCUGCUGUCUUAUGUACUACAGGAUUCUCACUGUAAACUGGAGAAACUGUGGUUGAUUGAUUGUGGCAUCACAGAUGAAGGUUGUGCUGCUCUGACUUCAGCUCUCAGAUCAAACCCCUCACACCUGAGAGAACUGGAUCUGUCUUGGAAUAAACUAGGAAAUUCAGGAGUCACGCUGCUGUCUGCUGUACUGGAGGAUCCUCACUGUAAACUGGAGAAACUGUGGUUGAGGGAUUGUGAUGUUACAGAUGAAGGUUGUGCUGCUCUGACUUCAGCUCUGAGAUCAAACCCCUCACAUCUGAGAGUACUGAAUCUGUCUGGCAAUAAACUAGGACAAUCAGGAAAGAAGUUGCUCUCUGAUCUGAAGGAUGAUCCACAUUAUAAACUGGAUACAUUAUACUAUUUGUUGGACUCUCAGUAUUUAGACGUCAGUUCAGUUUCCUCAGGAUCAGCUGAUGGUGAAUAAGGAGCCGCUACAGAGAUGAAGACACAGAGACACACAGCGAUCACACUGACAUGUGUGCUUGAAUUUUAUAGUAAUGCUCAUGAAAAUGAAUAGCAACUUUGAAUUGUUUCAAAUUGGUGAGAUAUUGAUUAUAAUGUAGAUGGUGUAACACUCAAAAUACACUGCAAACCAUUAAAGCAAAGUAAAAAAAAAAACAAGCCAUAGACAGAUUAUUGUGCAAUACAGACAGUGUUGGGAAAAGUUUUUACAAGUUUUAUUAAAGAGUCUGACUACAGAAGAGACAGAUUUUUAAAUCUUUAAAAGUAAAUUUGUCUACCAGAAGAGGGUAAAAAAUAUUAUGCACAUAAUUUCACUGAACAUUUAUUUCUGUAAAAUAUUUGUAUUAUUUAUCUAUUUCUAUUUCUAUAUAUCUAUAUCUAUUUAUGUGAUGAUCUAUUAAACGUUUUCAUCAAAAUCUUCA